AUAAGUUAAUGUUUAUAAAGUGUUUACUUAGUGCUCAGUUCAAUAUUAAUAACUGUAUUACACAUGAACUAGUUUCUUUUUGAAGUCAGGUUUAUUGAGCUAUUUUUUAUGUACAGUGCAAUUUGCCCUAUUUAGUUGUACAGUUCUAUGAUUUUUGACAACAUAUAUAGGUCAUAGAACCAAUACCACAAUCCCUAUACAGAAUGCUUCCAUCACUCCAAACGGUUUUCUUGUUCCCCUUUGUAGUCAGUCUCCUCCCCUCAUUCCUAACCCCUGGCAGCCACUGAUAGGAAUUCUGCCCUUUUUGUUUUGCCUUUUCCAGAACAUCGUGUAAGUGGAGUCAUAUAGUAUAUAUUUUGAGUUUGGCUUAUUUCACUCCCUAAUGCUUUUAGAUUUAUCCAUGUGGUAGGUGUAUUUCGAAAGUUACUGCUAAUAACAUCCCGUUGUAUGGAUGUACCACAAUGUGUUUAACCGUUCUCCAGUUGAUGGACAUUUGGGUUUCCAGGAUUUGGUAAUUCUGAAUAAAAUUUCUAUAAAUAUUUAAGUAGAAGUUUUUGUUGUUAUUUUAAAUAUUCAUUUAUUUUUGAGAGAGGGAGAGAGUCUAAUGUGGGGCUCAAUCCCACCAACUGUGAUAUCAUGACCCGAGCUGAAAUCAAGAGUCAGAUGCUUAACUGAUUGAGCCACUGAGGCACCCCAGUAGAAGGUUUUGUUUUUGUUUUUAAUAGACAUAUAUUUUCCUUUCCCUUAGGCAUAUAUUUAGGAUUGAGUCUGCUGGAUUGUAUAAUAAGUAUAUGUUUACAAGAAACUGCUAAAUGGUUUUCCAAGUAGGCUGUACCAUUUUGCAUUCCCAACUUUGCAUGUGAAAGUUGAAGUUGCUGUACAUCCUCCCUAGCACUUGGUAUUUUCAGUUUUUUUUUUUUUUUUUUUUUAAGUUAUUCUGUUGAUGUGCAUGGGUACUGUGGCUUUAAUUUGCAUUUUCCUGUUGAGUAAGGACGUUGAGAUUUUUUGCUGUCUUUCUCUGCCAUCUGUAUCUCUUUUUGGUGAAAUGUCUAUUCAGACCUGUUUGACAAUUUUAAAGGCUAGUUUGUUUUCUUAUUUUUAAGUUGUAAAAAUUUUUUAUAUUAAGCGUAGUAGUACAUUCAUUGGUUUUAAUGCUCAUUAUAGUCCUCUGAGGUAGGUGUUAUUAGCCUAAAUCACAAACAAAAAAGUUAGGCACACUACUGUUAAAUAUUGCCCAGGAUCACACAGCAGAUAGGUAGCAUAGCUGGGAUUUGCACCCAAGCAGAGUGACUCUAGAACCUGUGCUGAACUGUUUGCCAACUUGUUUUUUCUGUGGUGAUUGAUUUCUUGGGGUUGUGAAUAUAACCAGGAUCUAGUUUCUAUAGGUGGUAAAACAAUGCUUAUAGGGCCACCAGCAAAGGGGCAAUAUAUUUGUAGCAGAAACUCUGGAAUCUUCUCCCUAGGAAUAGCUCAGAUAUUUGUUGCUAUUGAAGAAGGGUACUUAUUUUCACUUUAUGUCUCUUACUUCUACAUACCGGUGGUGAAAAGUACUUCUCUUAAAUUACUUUCCACAUGUCUGCCAUUAUCAAGUAAUGAGGUGCUUUAUAUAAAUGGAUGUUCUCAAUAGCAGAAGCUUCUCCUUUUAGGUAUCCAUACACCAUAAAAGAUUUCUGUCUCUCUCUCUCUCUCUCUCUCUCUCUCACACACACACACACACACACACACACACACACACACACACAUUUUUCUCACUUUGUCUUUUAUAAUAAUGUUGACUUCAAGGCAUUUACUGUUUGGCGAUACACUCAAGGAGUGUGUAGAACUUACUGACCUUAUAUGAUGGCUUUAGAUGCCAGGACUUUUAAAGUUAUAUUUAUUUGUGAUUUUUAUAGGUUUUUGUUUUAGUCUUCUCUCACUUUCCACUUUCCACUCUGUCAUUUGUUUGUUGUGACAUCAUCCUUUCACUAUUCCCUCUUUCACACCCCUAUAACUUCAUUUCUAAUUAGGUAAAAGAUUAUCAAAUUAUUGGGCUUACAUGGAUAUGGUCUAAAAUAAAUUUCAGCUUUAGGAAACGACUUAGGGGUUUUCCAGUGAACAUCUCCUGUGACUGCUCAGAGGGCCUUUUUUCUUGGUUUUGGGGCUCCAAACAGUCAUUCUAAAUAAAUGAGCUCUAACGUAAGAUAAAUAUGAUAUUUGACGGCAGAAGAAGUGAUGUGUUUUUCUUUUUAGCAUAAUUUUUUAUUAAUAAUUUGUUAAACCAUGGGGAUUAUCUUAGUAAAAAGGUAAACCAAACAGUGUUCAGUAGAAUGGAAUAAAUAGGCACUUAAUGGGCAGAAAGUUGGUUCACAACCAUUCUGUUCUGUUGCAGUUUGUGAAGUUCCUGUCUAAGUCAGUGACAGCUUGUCCUCUCAGCUGCGCCUCUAGUAAGACAAAAUGAUUACUUCCAAGUAAUUAACUGAAGCAGAAAACUUUGCCAAAUCCUAUUUACUUUUUGUAAAAUAUUAAGAUGAAGUCUAGUGAGUAGUACUUUGUCAUGUAAAGCACUUUUGAGAGUACUUAAUGCUUUCAAGCCAUUUUGAUCAAUUUACACUCUUAGAAUAAAUUAAUAUUCAUCCAGGGGACAGGGUAAGUAGUGCACUAACAUCUCAGCUGCUUGGGCACCUUGUCAGAUGUACGAUGACUUGGAGAGCAAAACUUCACUGUCCACAUCGUUUGUUGGCACCUUAGGGUCACCAUGUAUGGUGCAGCAGGGUGCCUGGCACAUAGUACGUUUUUAUUUGUGGAAUAUUUUGGUAAAGAAAACGGUGGCUAUCAAUUGGGAGCAUAGAAUCAUGAACCGUGAUUGCAUUGGUAAUCUGUUUAAAAUGGAGUUUUAUCAAGCUUGCGAUACUAUUUAAAAUCAUUUUGCUAUAUUAGACUUUAGCUCCUUUCUAACCCUGAAUUCUUAAAAAAAUUUAUAAACCAAGUUAAUUCACACUUAUUUUUCUACUGAACUUUGAAUUUUCUAGAUUUUAUGUUUAGUGGACUUGUAAAUCUGCAUCAGAUACUGCAGUUGGCUAGCUUUUCCAGAUUACAUAGCAAUGUACCCCUUUCAUGUAAGGGUUAAUGAGUAGCCUGGUUAGACUCACCAGUCCAUUGUCACACUAAAAGCCAGAAAAUUUGCUGUCUCCCUUCCAUUCCCUCCCACAUUUUUUUUCUUUUCAUAGUUUUAUUUACUUGAUAUAUUAAUAUAAUUUUUAAAAGUUGAGAUUUUAUUUUGUAAAACAACAUACGGUUUUAAUUUUGUUUCUGUGUAGAUCCUGAGUUCUAUUUUAUUGUUAAUGUUAAAUUAUGGUAAUUAACAUGAGCUGAAUAAUGGUUUAAUCAAGGUAGAUCUUGCUCCUUGGCUCUCUGUCUCUCCUUUUUCUGUACUUCUCCUCUGUUUUUACCUGUAGAUUUGCAUGUUUGACCUAGCAGAAUAAUUGGGUCCACAGCAACAUGGGCGUGCCUCCCUUAGAAACACUUAGUUUCAUGUAUGACUCAUAGGCUGAAGCACAGACACCACUUCCCCAAUCUACAGGAGCCAUUUUAACAGCAUAAAACUUGCCGGAUUGCUUUUUAUUUUCAAGCCCAAAGGACAAAAAGAGAACGAGAAUAUUUGAAGGCCAAGAAGUUCUAAAGAAGAAAAAUUUCAGAAAAAUUGCCUCUGUUUGAGUGGAAUAUCAGUGAACCAAGGAAACCUGUAGUGCCGUCCUGAAAGAAAACCUGGUCUACAGUAACUUUAACAGACUUAGCUGAGGGUUUUUUACCCAAAUUGGUCACUGGAUUCUGCUGCCUCAUACUUGAACCUGCUUGGAAUUUUUCUCAUGUGGAUCUAAGGGGAAUGUUUUAUUAUGGCUGCUGUUGUCCAACAGAACGACCUAGUGUUUGAAUUUGCUAGUAACGUCAUGGAGGAUGAACAACAGCUUGGUGAUCCAGCUAUUUUUCCUGCUGUAAUUGUGGAACAUGUUCCUGGUGCUGAUAUUCUCAAUAGUUACGCGGGUCUAGCCUGUGUGGAAGAGCCUAAUGACAUGAUUACUGAGAGCUCCCUGGAUGUUGCCGAGGAAGAAAUCAUAGAUGAAGAUGAUGAUGACAUCACGCUCACAGUCGAAGCCUCCUGUCAUAAUGGGGAUGAAACGAUUGAAACAAUCGAGGCUGCUGAGGCACUCCUCAAUAUGGAUUCUCCUGGCCCUAUGUUGGAUGAAAAACGAAUAAAUAAUAAUAUAUUUAGUUCAUCUGAAGAUGACAUUGUUGUUGCCCCAAUCACCCAUGUAUCCGUCACAUUAGAUGGGAUUCCUGAAGUGGUGGAAACUCAGCAGGUUCAAGAGACAUAUGCACACUCACCAGGAACAUCGUCGCCAGAACAACCUAAGAGAAAGAAAGGGAGAAAAACAAAACCUCCACGACCAGAUUCCCCAGCCACUACACCAAACAUAUCUGUGAAGAAGAAAAAUAAAGAUGGUAAGGGAAACACAAUUUAUCUUUGGGAGUUUUUACUGGCACUGCUCCAGGACAAAGCUACUUGUCCUAAAUAUAUCAAAUGGACCCAGCGAGAAAAAGGCAUUUUUAAACUGGUAGAUUCCAAAGCAGUAUCCAGGUUGUGGGGAAAGCACAAAAACAAACCUGACAUGAAUUAUGAGACCAUGGGAAGAGCUCUCAGGUACUAUUACCAAAGGGGUAUUCUGGCAAAAGUAGAAGGUCAGCGCUUGGUGUAUCAGUUCAAGGAAAUGCCAAAAGAUCUUAUUUAUAUAGAUGAUGAGGAUCCAGGUUCCAGCAUAGAGUCUUCAGAUCCAUCACUGUCUUCAACAACUACUUCAAGUAGGAGCCAAGCAAGCAGAUCGAGAGUAUCCUCAAGUCCAGGGAUAAAAGGAGGAGCCACUACAGUUCUAAAGCCGGGAAAUUCUAAAGCUACAAAACCCAAAGAUCCUGCAGAAGCUGCACAGCCAUCAGAAGUUCUGAGGACAGUGCAGCCCACACAGUCUCCAUAUCCCACCCAGCUCUUCCGGACUAUUCAUGUAGUACAGCCAGUACAAGCUGUCCCAGAAGGAGAAGCAACCGUAACCAGUAGCAUGCAGGAUGAAACAUUAAAUUCUUCCGUUCAGAGUAUUAGGACUAUACAGGCUCCAACCCAAGUUCCAGUGGUUGUGUCUCCUGGGAAUCAGCAUUUGCAUACAGUAACACUCCAGACAGUGCCAAUCACAACAGUGAUAGCCAGCACAGAUCCAUCAUCAGGUGCUGGAUCUCAGAAAUUUAUUUUGCAAGCCAUUCCAUCCUCACAGCCCAUGACAGUACUGAAAGAAAAUGUCAUGCUGCAGUCACAGAAGCCAGGCUCCCCUCCUUCGAUUGUCUUGAGCCCUGCCCAUGUACAGCAGGUACUUACUAGCAAUGUUCAAUCCAUUUGCAAUGGAACCGUCAGUAUGGCUUCAUCUCCGUCCUUCAGCGCUACUACUCCUGUGGUGACCUUUUCUCCUCGAAGUUCACAACUUGUUGCUCACCCGCCUGGCACUGUAAUCACUUCGGUUAUCAAAGCUCAAGAAACAAAAACUCUUAUACAGGAAGUAGAGAAAAAGGAAGUUGAAGAUCAUUUGAAAGAAGACAUUGAGAAGACUGAGCAACAGCCACAGCCUUAUGUGAUGGUGGUAUCCAAUUCCAAUGGAUUUGCCUCUCAGGUAGCUGUGAAACAAAAUGAAUUGCUGGAACCCAACUCUUUUUAAUUAAUAUACCAAAGGAAUUAUGGAUGGUUGUUUUUUAAUUGAACAUUUCCAGUUGUAUUCAAACUGAUUCUAAGAUAAAUUCUACAGAUGUUCCUAAUUUUGUAGUUAAUUGUUAAAAAUAUUAAUUUAGAGUUAAUUUUGACUUUGUUAGAUGAGGGAGGGUACCCAAGUGUUUCUCUUUGUUCUGCAAAUGUUUCAGAAUUCAAUUGUGAAGGAACAGGCAUUUUAUACUAUGAAGACAUUCUUUUCAGAUUUUUUUCAGUUGCUAUACCAUAAGCAUUUUUUAAGUUUCUUUUUUAAUUUUACAUGGUAUUAGUUUUUCUGAUUCUUUUGUAAAUACAGUACUUAAAUACAAGACAACAGGAGAUUUAUAUAGGAACCAUUUUCAUUCCACUUGCGUAAGUUAAAGUCUUGACCCUUUCAAAUGCAAGACACCUAUUUUAUACUUUGUUAAAAUUAUAAUUUCAGUUAGAUUGACUUUAGUUGGUUGCACUGUAUAAGGAACUAUGAAGAUGUAGAAAACAACAUUAAAAAUUGAAAGUUGCCCAUGAUACGGCUGAACCUGUUUCAGAAGCAGGAUAGUAUAAAAGCGUCAGCCUAAGAGUGGCUCUUCUGCUAAUUAGUUGUGUGAUGUUGGGCAAAGCCACUGGAUCUUUUUGGGCCUCAGUUCUCCCAUAAAAGGAAGGGAGAUGUUGGAUUAGACGAGAUGAUCUUUAGGCUCCUUUCUGGUUCUAAAUUUAAUGAUUCUAGCUCCUAUAUUUUAAAGUUAUAUCAACUAAAACAUUAUCAGCUUAUUUCUUAAUGUAAAUAUGGCUAACAUAUUGCAGAAAAAUAACUGGCCCUACAACCUACAAAAUUCAUUCUUCUGUUAUCUGUAAGAUCUGCUAUGAAUCUGAAUUCUUCCUAAAUACUGUGUUCAUUAACUUUUUAGGCCACUGUGUACCGUGGCCCAUCAGUAAACUUACAUUGCUGAGUGCUAAA